AUGCACCUGGAGACGUGUGGCGGCCCGCUGUCGUCGGUGAGGACCACGGUGGAGCUGCAGACCAACCACAUAGGCAAAGGCUGCGACCGAGAGACCUACUCCGAGAAGUCUCUACAGAAACUGUGCGGGGCCUCCUCCGGUAGCACCGACCUCCUCCCGGCUCCCAGUGGCGCCACCAACUGGACGUCUUUGCUGGUGACGGACAGCGGCAGAGACAGCGACCUCAUCUUCCGGUUCGACGGGCGGCAGGCGGCGAAGGUCCCGGACUGGGUGGUACCUCAGAACCUCACGGACCAGUUCACCAUCGCCACAUGGAUGAAACACGGUCCCAGUCCCGGACUCAGAGCCGAGAAGGAGACGCUGCUCUGUAACUCCGACAAGACUGAAAUGAACCGCCAUCACUACUCUCUGUACGUCCACAACUGUCGCCUGGUCUUUCUGCUGCGGACAGACUUCAGCCGAGCCGACUCCUUCAGACCCGCAGAGUUCCACUGGAAACUGGAGCAGGGUGAGUGGCGGAGGACCAGGUUCCGGGUCAGUGGAGCAGACAGGAGGCCGCGCUCCUCUCUCGCUCUCCUAGACUCAGGCACUGAUUCUGGGGAGCCCUCCACAGCUGAGCCCUGGCCCCGGAGGCAGCACACGGGGGUAAUUUGA